CGCUUUUCCAGAUAAGCUUAAGCUGAAAUGGCACCGACAGCUGUAAAAAUGAAGAAUAAGAAUUUUACAGCAAAAGAUGGCAACUGGAAGAAGUCCAACAAUAACGCACAGGGGGUCAAGAAGAAGAGGAAAUGGGUCCCCGAGCACAAAGUAUUCGAAGGCAGUGUGAAGGAAGGCCAGGGGUUUGCUUUAAAGAGGAAGCAAAAAGUCAAACAUGAGUACAACAAGCUGCUGCGGAAGGAGAGGAAAAAAACCCCUGAGUCCAAACCGCUUUACAAGGACGAGUACCCAGAACACCUCAGGCAUCUGUACCUGGCCGAGGCAGAGAAGCUGAAGAACGAGGCCUGGACCAAUAGAAUGAACAGGAGUAAGGUGAGGAUGAAAGGGCAGGAGAAGGGAGAAGAGACGGGUGUAAAUGAUGGCGCUGCAUGCCAGAGUGAUGCUGCUGAUCCAGGUGCAGAAGUUACUGGUGGAUCUGAGUUGACAGAUUCUGUCACUGGGAACCCUGAACCAACUGCAGCCUCAGAGAAAGAAAGUCUUCCGAUGAGCAACCGUAUGAGGAAGAAAAUGCAGAAGAAGACGUCUUACCAGAAGACAAAAGAGGAAUUUGAGACAGUCAGAGAACAACGGAAAAAGAAGAAAGAGGAGUACCUGAAGAACAAGCAGCAGAGAGAAGCAGCCAUUCAGAAGUACAAAGAGAAAAAGAUGGAGACGUUUCAGAUGCUGAGCAAAAAAACCAAGAAAGGGCAGCCCAAUCUGAACCUCCAAAUGGAGUAUUUGCUUCAAAAGAUCCAAGGACCUACAAAAUGACUCCCAAGUCAGAACUGAUGGUGGAGAAUUAAUAGGAAAAUGGACCUUGCCUGUAUUUGACUAUGGACUUAAAGCUAUAACGACGUGUGUGUGUGUGUGUGUGUGUGUGUGUGUGUGUGUGUGUGUGUGUGUGUGUGUGUGUGUGUGUGUGUGUGUGUGUGUGUGUGUGUGUGUGUGUGUUUUCAGUAUUUUGUCCCUGAUAACAUAAUGCUGUGGCCCACUUUAACCUCAGACCACAAGAGGGCGUUGUAAGAUUUGAAGAGAUGGAAAAACAUGCUCAUGUUAGACAUUUUUUUUAAUUCAAUAAAUGUUAGAGGUUCUUAUAGCCAACAAAUUCAAA